AUGGAAGUACAAAGUGACCAACUACAACCAGAGCUCAUCAUCUCUGCAACUCCAAUAGUCGACAUUAAAGAAAAGCCAACAGCCCUCGCAGAGAACAAGGAUGAAAAUGCACUCACUGCACCUAAAGAACCCACCGCAAUAGUGGACAAAUUGAAACAAGACUUGGAGGCGACCAAUGAAUUGCAGAAUCCUCCGCCUCCAUACUCACAAUGGGACACUAUGGAUCUAGAACAAUUACUCCAGAAAGGUCGUGAAAUGCUUACGGAGCACGACACCGUCAUCAAGGAUGGCGAAAUGCUCGAUAAGAUGACGCAGUUAGAAUCUCUAGUUUCAUCACUACAAACAAUACUUAGCGACCAAACAUCCUCUAUGCAUGAUCUAAAGUCUCAAUUGUCAGAUGUCCAAAACGUUCUUAAAAAAAUGCAAGACAAGCAAGAAACAAUAACAAGUGAAGAAGUCAUGAAGCAAGUUGUCACCAUGAAGGCGCUCACCGAGAAUCUCAUCGCGUCAAGUGAAAUCAAACGACAGCUCGACGAAAGAUUGGCUGCCGCGGCAAACCUUAUAAAACCAGACGUAAAUUUAGAAGACUUGGAAGUGACAGCCACGUACACUCAUCCGCAACCACAAGAAGAGACUACAUCACAUUUAUCGCCUCUAUCUGCAACGCCGGCGGUAACCUCGACUUUUUUGAAUACAUCACAUACCAUAUCAAGACAAUCAUCUCGUCCUCCAUCCAGAGCACCAUCCCGUCCUUCUUCCAGAGUACCGUCUCGCGCCGUAUCGCCAUCACGUGCUCCUUCUCUCUCGGCAACAACUGCUGUGGAAGCACCAGUCAAGGGUAGAGAAAAAAAGUUCCGUCAAUUGUCAACUGCGAGCGUAGAAUCACGAGAUAUCUUCGAAGACUUUGAUUGGGAGGGGUUUGGCGAGGAAAUUGAAGAAGAAGAAGAGCCAAACGUAGACGAGACCAAAAAGAAAGUGGAAUCUGUUGAUGUAGCCAUCGUACCUCGUGAACGCAAGAGCGAGAAACGAGAACAUCGUCGUCAAAAAUCCAAAAAAGAAGAAGAAUUUGCAGAUUGCAUGGCAUCCCUCGAUAAACAGUUGGAUGAUAGUCUCACUCAAGUGACCUAUUUGAUCAACGAGGUGAUGGAUGAUGAGGACUCGGCAGUUACCCACAGCAAGUCUCACAAACCACGAGAACUUAUGGUCAACUAUGCUGACUCUACUCACGAGUUGAUCAACAAUCCGAGCGGUGACUUGGCUGAUUUGGAUGAUUUCGCACAGCAAUGCAGAUUAGUCACUCGUGCAAUAAUUUUACCCUUCUUGCACGCAACACAUUCCUUCAUGUCAGAAUCGCUGCAAGCUACGAAUAAUCCUAAUGCACCGAGAACUGUCACGAGCACGACUAGGACGUUCAUGAAUCUGAUGUACUGGACGUUUUUAUUUACCCUCGGAUCGCUAGUGUUGGAUGCUUGGUUAUGUGAGGUUGCUGGUAGGCAAGUCAUCCGCAUGGUCGAUAUGCUGAAACCGACUCAACCAUUCGGACUACUAAACAAUGGAUACGGUAAUAAUUACUAUAACCCAUAUGUAAGUUACAAUUCUUCCUACGACUACCAAUCUCCUCAAGAUUCUCCACGAACAAUUGAUGACGGUAAAAAAAAAAACGUCAAUUUUCCCACACGUCCUAAAAUAAAAGCCGUAGCGUGGAGCGGGAUAGGAAAACAAAGUUGGUGGAGAGCGAGUGCAGCGGGAGUAUGGAGCUUUGGCAAACGAAGUGGAAGAUUUCUAACGAGUGAUUGGUUCGACAGCAGUGAAGAAGACGACGAUAAUAGUGAAGACGAGUUGACGAUUACCAAAAGUACAAAGCGUGCGGGACACGUCAGACAACGACCAUUUAAAAACUCGGAAUCGAAUGAAGAGGGAAUCAUGUCUACAAAUGGGCGUCCUAUAGUACGAUCAUGUGAUAACCACGCAUUUAAGCAAAUAGAAAAAUCGGUAAAUCAAUAUAUGGAAAAUUGUUACGACUCUGGCAUGAACAUUGCCAAUUUGACAAAAGACCAUCAUUCGGCGUCUCUUUUAUCAUCACCGAUCGACGAUGAUGAAAUCGAACUCGAUAUCCCUGGAUCUUUCCCGGCAGCUUUCCGUUGGACUCCCUCAACGUCGUAUGAACCGAUGACCGAGGAGAAAGAAAAUGUUCGGCGUGUGCGCAGUGUCAUAAUACGUCGUCCGAGCAGAGGACCGUUUGGUGAGAUUGAUGGAUGGGUCAUGAAGACUGCGAAAAUUAGGUCUGGUAGUGAAAAAGAUAGUGCGAGAAACUCGAUGAUUGCAAAGAAAAGGAAAAGAUCGAGUACAGUUCCUCCGGCCCGCACUUGGGUACGGCGAAACAGCUUAUAG